GUUGUCACGCCGGUGUCAGUCUGAUGAAGAUUGGCAUCAGGUGAAACCUGGAACAAGACUUUAAGGAUUUCUGGUCCUUCAUGCUGCUCACUAGAAAAGAAGCCCCGAACUGUACUUUCUGUGUAGCUGACUAGAAGUGUUUCUGGCCCUGCUGGAAGUGGGAAGAGGGGCGAACCCCCUGAAGACCAUCCCAGAGGCAGUGGGAUCAUCCAACAAUCCUCCAUGUGAAUCAAUCCCAUGAUGCAACAUGCCUCCCCAGCCCCAGCUCUGACAAUGAUGGCCACGCAGAAUGUCCCUCCCCCACCCUACCAGGACAGCCCCCAGAUGACAGCAACUGCCCAGCCACCUUCCAAGGCCCAGGCUGUCCACAUCUCAGCGCCCUCAGCUACUGCCAGCACACCUGUGCCCAGUGCCCCCAUUGAUCCCCAGGCCCAGCUGGAGGCUGACAAGCGAGCUGUGUACAGGCACCCUCUUUUUCCGCUCCUGACGCUGCUGUUUGAGAAAUGUGAACAGGCCACCCAGGGCUCAGAGUGCAUCACCUCCGCCAGCUUUGAUGUGGAUAUCGAGAACUUUGUCCAUCAGCAGGAGCAGGAACACAAACCCUUCUUCAGCGAUGACCCAGAACUGGACAAUCUGAUGGUGAAGGCAAUCCAAGUUCUGAGGAUCCACCUGCUAGAGCUGGAGAAAGUCAACGAACUCUGCAAGGACUUUUGCAACCGUUACAUCACCUGCCUCAAAACCAAGAUGCACAGCGAUAACCUGCUCAGGAAUGACCUCGGGGGGCCCUACUCCCCCAACCAGCCCUCUAUAAACCUUCACUCACAGGACCUCCUGCAGAAUUCCCCCAAUUCCAUGUCUGGAGUCUCCAAUAACCCCCAGGGGAUUGUGGUCCCAGCCUCAGCACUCCAGCAGGGCAACAUCGCCAUGACAACCGUCAACUCUCAAGUCGUGUCAGGUGGAGCCUUAUAUCAACCGGUUACCAUGGUAACCUCCCAGGGUCAGGUGGUCACCCAAGCAAUCCCCCAGGGAGCCAUCCAGCUCCAGAAUACACAGGUUAACCUUGACCUCACCUCCCUCCUGGACAAUGAGGAUAAGAAGUCCAAGAACAAACGAGGAGUCUUACCCAAGCAUGCCACCAAUAUAAUGCGUUCUUGGCUCUUCCAGCAUCUCAUGCACCCCUACCCCACUGAAGACGAGAAGAGGCAGAUUGCAGCCCAGACAAACCUCACCCUCCUGCAAGUAAACAACUGGUUCAUCAAUGCCAGGAGGCGCAUCCUGCAACCCAUGCUUGAUGCCAGCAACCCAGAUCCUGCUCCCAAAGCCAAGAAAAUCAAGUCUCAACACCGGCCCACCCAAAGAUUCUGGCCCAAUUCCAUUGCUGCUGGGGUCCUGCAACAGCAGGGUGGCACCCCAGGGACGAACCCUGAUGGUUCCAUCAACUUGGACAACCUGCAGUCCCUGUCCUCAGACAAUGCCACUAUGGCCAUGCAGCAGGCAAUGAUGGCUGCACACGAUGACUCGUUGGAUGGGACAGAAGAAGAGGAUGAAGAUGACAUGGAGGAGGAGGAAGAGGAGGAGGAGGAACUAGAGGAGGAAGCUGAUGAUCUACAGACCACGAAUGUCAGCGACCUAGGCUUGGAACACAGUGACUCCCUGGAGUAGUCAGGCAGCCCAGAUGGCACUGGUCACCGAGCAGGAAAGGAGUGUCAUCAGGAGGGUUCAGGGUGGGGGGAGGGGAUAUGGGCAGGCAGCACUGAGAAAGUUGGGCCCUAGGUUCCCCGAAUCAUAGCUUGAAGAAAUGCAGAGGAGACACCCUGUUCCUUUCCAACCACUAAGCUUCAGUGAAAACCUAGUCCCAGACCCUCAGACUGCAGAGAGCUCCAUUGCCGGUACCAGUCAAACAGCCUGUGAAGAAAGACAGUGUGAGAUCCAGACUCACCAAAUACCAGAGGACAGAUGACACCCAUGGCUCCACACAGAAAAGGACUUGAGUUGUUUACAAGCCCUGGCCCGUGAGGUGGACAGGCGCUGUUUGCAGAGCGGACCUUUGCUGAGGGGCAGACUUGGGAGGGAAGAAUGAGACAGAAGGGGUCUAACAUUUUCCCCCAGGAGAAUCUGAGCUCUCUUGAAAGACACUCAUGGACAGAAGGGAGCCCAAAUGUAUAACCAGUGGCCAGAGGAAUAGGAGGGCCUGAGACAACACCACACACUGCAUAUCAGAGUGGGACACCGACUGCACAGGGCUCCAACUUGCCCUGUCAGGGCUGUCUCCGGGCACAGCAGCCAUGGACUAAGGAGAGGGGGAAGGAAACAAAAGAGACUCCUUCUUCCUCUCUAGGAAACAUAUUGCUCUUAACCUGAAGAGGUUAAGAGCAACCCUCCAUCUGGGUCAGCUCGAGGACCAAGCAGGUGGCAGAACCUGGAUCAGGAGCCAUACAUAUUAAGAUGACUUUGGGGAUCACAGCACAGCUCCUGUAACAAUAGGACCAUGGUAUCUUAUUAGAUGCUCCUACCCUCAGAUGGAGUUCUUCAGAAACCCCAGACUCCUCCAUAAACCUUUAGAGAGGUGGGUGGGGCCAGGGGUUCUUUCCACUCCACAGGUCACCAUGGUAUCCCUCUGCUCCCAAGCUGGCGCUACCAGCUUCUGGCCUCCUUCUUCAUUCUGUUCUCCAGAGAAGGCAGAAGAAACAUUGAAAAGAAGCAUUAUCCCAAUGGGAAGCCAGGGUCUGAAGAAGGUGCUACUGUUCUUCAGUACUCAACAUGGCAGGGGGAUGUAGCGCAGAGCUGACUGCUCACACCGUUGUGCUUGGCACUGGAGGAACUGGGGUGCUCCUGGGAGCAAGCUUCCUACCAUCUGCCCUCCCCCAUGUCCUCCAAGCCCAGCUCGGAGGAUCCAUGAUUGGCAUCUGCUCCUCCUGUCCUCUCCCACCCUAUGGCUGUGAAAGACAGGACUGACCACAUGUGUGUUUUCCAUUCGGUUUAACGUGAUGGAUGUGCAGUUUCAUUUGUAAGUGUGUAUUGGCCAUCUCCUUCAGUGCUAGGAUGUGAAUGGCUAUCUGGCUCAACCAGAGGGGACCCUUGGGACCUUCUGAGCCUUCUCCUCCUCUACCUGGUUGGGUGGAGCAAAAGGAUAGUCACUUUUCUGAGGUCACUCCCGGAAAUGAAUGUAUUUCUCCCCCCACCCAAAAAAAAAAAAAAAAGAGCUGAUAUUUAAUGUUUUACUAGGGAUUUUUGAGAAACAAAUAACCUUAUUUAUAAUCUGGGUGAUCCAAUCAUUUUUUUACUCCCUUUUGAUGUCAUACCUAGAGGAAAGGCAAGAUUUUUGGCGUGAGACUUUUGCAACCCGCAGUGGGAUAAGACAUUUCCUCUUCUGGUUCAUUUUUCUUGUUAAAGUACAUACAUCCACACAUAAAUUCUUCCACCCAGCACCGUGACAAGCUCCCUACUCAGCACGGACACGUGUGCAUACAUGCACACGGGUACACAUGCCUACAUCUCCCUCCCAGGCCCUCCCACCUGCCUAAUGUUACGCAACCCCCCUCUGAUGUAUCCACCAAACCAGACUGAAUGUGGCCGCAAGUUUUCAGUAAACCUUAUCACCUACCGAAAUACAGAUGAUGCACAGUUCUCUCUUCUUGUGACCGACUUAGAGGUCCCUUAGGGCUUCAGUGGGAGAUCCUGGGCCAGACAGAAACUGGAGGCCCAGCAUCCACCACACCGAAAUGACCACCCUCAGAAAGGGACAAGGGCUUUUGGAAUGACUGACUUUUGUUAGCCUGUCUGGAGGGAAGGAUGGUCCACAUUAACACAUCUGCCUUUUGUGUGUCUAUUUCUAAGAGAAAGCUCUGUACUGCCCUCUCCUGACAGUUCUGUGCACUGCAGGUGAGACCUCACCUCCCACUUAGAGCUUUGUACUCUCUGCUGUUACCCUAGGACUUUAUCAUCCACGCUGGUGCUGGCCGGUCUUUGUCCCACUGGUAGAAAAUGCUGGAAC